AGCAGCUCUAAGACUUCGGAGUCGACCAAGAUGGCGGACUGAGCGUUCUAACAGCACAUUUAGUAACACGCACAUCACAUAUUCGUCUUUUCUGAAACCCACAGAACGUAAGUUGAGUUUGGAGCGAUGGAGUAUUACCUGAAGUGAAGAUUGAAGACGUGAUAGAAGAUGGACGACUACUGCUAUGCUAAGAUGGUGACGUCAUGUAAAAGAGAAAGUGAAAGAGAAUCAACUUCCAGCAAAUCACCAACGGAGAAAAGUGCAGAUAAUGGGGAGUGAGUUGAAUUUCCCUAAUUUGAAAGCUACCAUCCGCCCUGAAAAUCACGUUGAUGAGAAAUUAGCCGACUUUGUUGAAGAAUGUCGACAAAGACUGGACCACAUGUCUACAUCAACGUGCAGAGGAUUGGAGACCACCAAACACAAGUUGAGCUCGGAGCGACGGAGAGUUUUCUGCAGUGAAGACGUGAGAGCACAUGGACGACUACUGCUAUGCUAAGAUGGCGACGUCAUGGAAAAGAGAAAGAGAACAUUCCAGCAAAUCACCAACGGAGACAAAGACGAAAGAUGAAGACGCCCUGCAGCUGAUUGGUCUUCCAGAAGAUGCUCCCGUGGGGAGCUCCACUUUGAAGAAGGAGGAUCCGCAGCCCCUCCACAUUAAAGAGGAAGAGGAGGAACUCUGGAUCACUCAGGAGGGAGAGUGUCUUCUAGGACGAGAGGAAGCUGAUUACACCAAGUUGCCACUGACUGUUGUCUCUGUGAAGACUGAAGAUGAUGAAGAGAAACCACAACCAGACCACCUCUUAGCUCCACUAUCAGAUAGUGAGGCUGAACACGAGGUUGAAGUAACUUUGAGCAGCGAUACAGACUGUGAAGGUGAUAUGAGGACUCACACUAAGACAAAAGGUACAAAACGUUUUCUCUGCUCAGUUUGUGGUAAAAAGUUUUCCUAUAAGAGAGUUUUGACAGACCACAUAAGGACUCACACUGGAGAAAAACCCUUUCGAUGUCCAUUUUGCGAUAAAGGUUUUUCUCAAAAGAGCAAUUUGACCCAACAUAUCAGAACACACACGGGAGAAAACACAUUUAGUUGUCCCGAAUGUGCCAAAAACUUCUCGCAAAAGGGCAAUUUGACCGAACACAUGAAAAUACACAGCGGAGAAAAAACCUACAAUUGUUCGGUUUGUGGUAAAAACUUUUCUCAAAAGAGAGUUAUGAUCCAACACAUGAGAACGCACACAAAAGAGAAACCAUUUAAUUGCUCGGUUUGCGACAAAAGCUUUGCUCAAAAAAUUGUUUUGAGCCAGCACAUGAGAACACACACAGGGGAGAAACCAUUUAAUUGCUCGGUUUGCGACAAAAACUUUGCUCAAAAAAGAGCCGUGAUCCAACACAUGAGAACGCACACAGGAGAAAAACCAUUUAAGUGUUCAGUUUGCGACAAAAGCUUUUCGCAGAAAAGCACUUUGAGCAAACACAGCCGAACACACACGGGAUAAAUAAACAUUUCAUUGUGUGGAGCCAGACCAAGUUAGGAGAACUUUCUUUGGCGUUUGUUUCGCUCCCGUCUGUAAGCCACACAACUGUUUUUGUGGAUGCAAAUAGAAGUCUGACUUGUUCUCAGUCAUCCUGCCUUCUUCCUGUCCAGACAACUUCUCAAUAAAAAUCGCUGCCGACACCCUGAACUGAAGCAUCAACAAUCAAAAGACAGCCAAUGACGCAGCAGGAAACUGUAUCUACGCCACAUAUUAUUGGAUUGUUCACGUUGUCACACGCAUUCUUUGCAAUAUGUUCAUUGUGUCAUUUUUGCAACUGUUUUCUUCAACUCUUAU